AUGGAUCUUUGCCAAGUUCUGGGUCAGGAGUUGGAUGCGCUGGAGAUUGAGAGAGUACAGAAGGAGACAAUACAUCCAAGGAAGAGUUGCAAGAUGAACAGUUCAUGUGCAGAUUUCCCUUUUGCUGCACAUAGAUGGCAGAUGUCCAAACCAAGCUUAUUUUGUGAGUCAAAGGAUGUCUUCGAUCAGAAAGCCAGUAACAAGCACUGGAUUGAUGUGCAACCAAGAUGGGGAGACUACAAUUCACACGACAUAGAACGUUACGCAAGAGCAAAAUUUAUGGACUACACAACACAUAAUUUGUCCAUCUACCGUUCUCGGACCGGGGUGAUGAUUGGACUUGAUCUAGUUUAUAAUUUGCACUCUGCUUUUGGUAAGUGGUUCCCCGGGUCAAAGCCCCUCCUUCAGCAAGCACUGAACAAGAUCAUGAAGUUAAAUCAUGCUCUGUAUGUGCUGAGGGAGAGAAUAAGAAAGGGUCUUCAGUUGUAUUCAUCUGAACCCACCGCCCACCGAGCCAUAUCUGUCUUCAUAGAACUACGGUACAGAGAUAUAUUCAGCAAUCAAAUCGUAUGGUUUGUGGAUGACACAAAUGUCUAUCGUGUUACCAUUCACAAAACCGAGGGUAACAUGACGGCGAAACCAAUCAAUGGUGCUAUCUUUAUUUUCAAUCCAAGAACUGGUCAACCAACUAUUUCUGAAGGUCAUCCACACAAGUGUAUGGGCAGGACAAAGCAAGUUAUUGUGACAAGGAAGGGUAUGUUGGAUCCCUUGGAAGUCAAAGCCAAUUAUUGUGACAAGGGUAUGAGCAAGCAGCAUUUGCAUCGAAGACAGAUUUGCGUGUCAGGGCCAUCUCUGCUAUGA